CCACCUUCCUUCCACCACGGAUGUUUGAGUAUGCAAACCGCUUUGCAAUCUUUCACAUAAAAGGAUUUAAAGGAUUCUACCUACAACCAUUAUAUAAAAGAAAACUUAGCAGUUUUAAUCUGGAUCCCUCACUAUCUCAGCUUCAUAAAAAUUUUCGAGCCACUAAAACUUACCGUUUACCACUACAUCAACGUACCCUUAUGACCAUCCCAACCGAGUCGAUUGAGUGGCCUGCUAAUAAGGUUAGGAGCACUUUCUUAAAAUUUUUUGAAGAGCGAGGACAUACCGUCGUUCCUAGCUCCUCUGUAGUCCCUUACGAUGAUCCUACGCUUCUCUUUGCCAAUGCUGGUAUGAACCAGUUUAAGCCUAUUUUUUUGGGAACUGUAGACCCUUCUCACGAAUAUUCCAAGCUUAAACGUGCUGUUGACUCUCAAAAGUGUAUUCGUGCUGGUGGUAAGCAUAAUGAUCUUGAAGAUGUCGGCAGAGACAAUUAUCAUCACACCAUGUUUGAAAUGUUGGGCAAUUGGUCAUUUGGUGAUUAUUUCAAGAAGGAGGCUAUUCAGAUGGCCUGGGUAUUGCUUACCGAAGUGUAUGGUCUAGAAAGGGAUCAGCUUUAUGUCACCUACUUUGGUGGUCAUGAAGAAUCUGGCUUAGAACCUGAUUUGGAAGCUCGUCAACUUUGGCUUGACAUUGGUAUCCACGAGUCUCGUGUUAUUCCUGGAGACCUUAAAGAUAAUUUCUGGGAAAUGGGUGAUCAAGGCCCUUGCGGUCCCUGUUCAGAAAUUCACUAUGAUCGUAUUGGCAAUCGCUCUGUACCUGAACUCGUCAACAUGGAUGAUCCUAAUGUCCUGGAAAUUUGGAACAUUGUGUUCAUACAAUACAACCGUGAAAAAGAUGGCUCUCUUCGCCCCCUCCCUAAUCGCCAUGUUGACACCGGUAUGGGUUUUGAGCGUCUAGUGUCUGUCAUUCAAAAUAAGACAUCUAAUUACGAUACUGAUGUGUUCACUCCGCUCUUUAAAAAAAUACAAGAGCUUACCGGUGCUCGUCCAUAUACCGGAAAAAUGGGUGACGAAGAUGUGGAUGGUAUCGAUACUGCUUAUCGUGUAGUUGCUGAUCAUGUUCGUACCUUGACUUUUGCUAUUAGUGAUGGCGGUGUCCCUAAUAACGAAGGACGCGGUUACGUUUUGCGUCGUAUCCUGAGACGUGGUGCUCGCUAUGUCCGUAAAAAGUUUGGUGUUCCUAUCGGAAGCUUUUUCUCCCAGCUCUCUCUUACUGUCGUCGAACAGAUGGGUGAAUUCUUUCCAGAGCUUUACAGAAAGGUCAACGAUGUACGUGAAUUAUUAGACGACGAAGAAGUGUCCUUUUCUAAAACUUUGGAUCGCGGUGAAAAGAUGUUUGAACAAUAUGCAGCUGCUGCCAAAAAGUCUUCCAGCAAUAUAUUGCAAGGAAAUGAUGUUUGGCGUCUAUACGAGACAUAUGGUUUUCCAGUCGAUCUUACUCACUUAAUGGCUGAAGAAGCAGGUAUUAAGAUUGACGAACCUGGUUUUGAAGCUGCUCAAACUCAUUCGAAAGAAAUGAGUAAGCGUGCUACCAAGAGUGGCUCUUCUGGUGGCGAACUGUUAGUUUUGGACGUUCACGCCUUGGGUGAUCUUGCAAAAAUGGACGAAGUACCCAAGACUGAUGAUAUUUAUAAGCACGAUCAUGCUACUUUAGAAUCUGCCGUUAAAGCUAUCUACCAUAAGGAUGGCUUCCAAACUGUUACUAAAGAUUUUGAAUCUGGUGAGCAAUUUGGAAUCUUGCUUGAUCGUACCAACUUUUACGCUGAACAAGGUGGUCAAGAAUACGACACUGGACAUAUCGUCAUUGAUGGCGUUGCUGAUUUCCGUGUAACUAACGUUCAAGUUUAUGCUGGUUAUGUUCUUCAUACAGGUUUUUUAGAAUACGGCAAUCUGAACAUCGGUGAUAAGGUUACCUGUGAAUAUGAUGAGAUUCGUCGUUGGCACUUAAUGAACAAUCAUACUGUCACCCAUGUUCUGAACCUUGCUCUUCGUAAUGUUCUUGGGGAGGGUAUUGAGCAACGUGGUUCUUUGGUUUCUCAAGAAAAGAUGAGAUUUGAUUUUUCUUACAAAUCUUCCCUUCCAAUUGAUAAGCUUUUGGAAGUCGAAAAUUUCUGCAACGAUCAAAUUAGAAAGGAUUUACCAGUUUAUUCUAAGAAUGUCCCCUUGAAGGAUACAAAGGAAAUUAAUGGUCUACGUGCCGUUUUUGGAGAAGUCUAUCCCGACCCAGUUAGACUUGUUUGUAUCGGUGUCGACAUUGAUAAUCUUUUACAGAAUCCUAAGAAUCCUGAAUGGUAUAAUUACAGUAUUGAAUUCUGUGGUGGUACUCAUGUUGCUAAAUCUGGUGAAAUUAAAGACUUUGUCAUUUUGGAGGAAAGCGGUAUUGCUAAAGGAAUUCGUCGUAUCGUAUCCGUUACAUCCACCGAAGCUAAUCGUGUUUCUCGUGUUGCUAAUGAAUUUGACGCCCGCAUUAAUGAAUUAGAAAAGAUGCCUUUUGGUGCUGCUAAAGAAGCCGAAUUGAAAAAGGUUGGCGUAGAUCUUUCUAAGCUUACGAUAUCUGCCGUCCGUAAACAUAACAUGAGAGAACGUGUUGCCAAAAUCACAAAGCAGUUCCAAGACCAGGUAAAGGCUGCUAAUGCUGCUGAGCAAAAAGAAGCUGUAAAUAUGGUAGUUGAAUAUUUCAAGGAGAACCCUGAAGCUCAUUUCGUUGUCGCUAAGGUCCCUAUCUCUGCCAACCCUAAAGCCUUGAGCUUUGCUCUCGCCCAUACGAAGAAGAACCUUAAAGGCAAGAGUGUCUACCUUGUAGCUUCUGACAAUACAAAGGUUGCUCAUGCUUGCCUUGUGUCAAAUGAGGCUUUGCAAAAGAUCACUCCUCAAGAAUGGUCUCAAAAGGUUUGUUUACAAAUUGGUGGACGUAGUGGUGGUAAAGGUGAUACUUGUCAAGGUGUUGGUGAGAAGGCUGAGAAUGUUGAUGCUGCCAUUGAAGAAGCUAUCGAAUUCUUCCAGGGUAAAUUGACUUUGUAGUUUUAUAAUAGUAUGGAUUUGUACAUUAAUUGUGCAUGUUAAUAGAGAUAUUGUUUUGAAUGUAAAGGAUUUACAUUUUAGUUCGCAUUUUAAUUGAUGAGUUUGAUUUCAGAAAGUUGUG